AUGUCUUCGUCCAACAUUACUGAAUUCCCAAUUUUCUUAAGAGCAGCAACAAAUUUACUAUAUUUAGACCUUUCCAAUAACAGAAUUUAUGGUCAAGCUCCAAGAUGGUUGGGGGAUAUGGGGAGGGAUUCACUAUAUUUUCUUGAUCUUUCUCACAACUUGCUUCAAGGAUCAUUUCCCACUCUAAACUUUCUUAGGGUGCAAUAUAUCUUUGUCUCCAAUAACAAAUUAACUGGAGAAAUCCCUUCUUUAAUUUGCAAUGCAAGUUCCCUUGUAGUUCUAGAUUUGUCUCACAAUAACUUAAGUGGCAUGGUUCCUAAGUGUUUGGUACACUCUAAUGUCCUCUCAGUGUUGGAUUUGCGAAUGAAUAGCCUUCAUGGUACCAUCCCUGAAACAUUUUCCAAGGGAAAUCAUUUUAGUCAUAUUAACUUUAAUGGUAAUCAAUUGGAAGGGUCAUUGCCACGGUCUUUGUUAAAUUGUAAAGACUUGGAAGUUCUAGAUCUUGGAAACAAUAAGAUAAAUGGAGUCUUCCCUUAUUGGUUGGAAAGUCUUCAGAAAUUACAAGUUCUUGUCAUACAAUCAAAUAGAUUUCAAGGUCAUAUAGGCAAUCCUAAAACCAAAUUUCCUUUUCCAAAUUUGCAAAUCAUAGACAUCUCUAACAAUCAGUUUAAUGGUCCUCUGCCAACAAAUUAUUUCAAAUAUUUGAAAGCCAUGAUGAGUGUGGAUGAAAGUGAAGUUGCAUUGACAUAUAUGGGAGAUUCGUAUUAUCAUGAUUCAUUGAAUGUGAUAAUCAAAGGGCAAGAUACUAAGUUGGUGAGAAUCCUAACUGUCUUCACAAGCAUUGAUUUUUCAAACAAUAGAUUUACAGGGGAGAUGCCAAAGAUAAUUGGAAGGCUUAAAUCACUCAAGGGACUCAACUUUUCUCACAAUAACCUUACAGGUUAUAUUCCAUCAUCGUUUGGAAAUUUGACUAAUCUUGAAUGGUUAGACCUCUCUUUCAACAAGCUCAUUGGGGAGAUUCCCAAUCAAUUGGCAGAUUUACCGUGGCUUGAAGUUUUAAAGCUAUCACAUAACCAACUUAUAGGACACAUACCUACAGGAAAUCAGUUCAAUACAUUCAACAAUGAUUCGUACAUUGAAAACUUGGGAUUAUGUGGAUUUCCGUUGUCAAGAACAUGCAACAACCAUGAGUCAAAGCAACCACCGCCAUCGACCUUGCAAGAAGGAGACAACUUAGAGCCUAAAAAUGGGUUUGAUUGGCAAACUCUAUUGAUAGAUGGAUUAUUGAUAGGUUAUGGAUGUGGAGUGAUAUAUGGAACAUUAAUGGGAUAUCUUAUGUUUAAAAUUGGAGAACCUAUGUGGAUUGUGAGCAGGAUGGUCAAACUAGAGCAACAUAUCAUGCCCAUAAGGCAGAGGAAUAACACCCACAUGCGUGGUAGAAGAAAAUAA